ACAGGGCACCUUCGAUCGAUGUACUGCUGUCAAAAAUCUCUUUGAAAUAUUUAUAAAAUAAAAGUAACAUUAUCACGUAGUUAAUAAAUUUAUAAAAUUUGAACCUCUCUUAUAUGCUAUUCAUCGUAAUAGCUCUUUUAGAUUAGAGUGUAGCGGGUGUGACGGUGGUGAGAGUGAAAGUGUCGGUGGGGUCCGGUUCCAUGUAGUACGAUCCACGACGAGUCGCUCGUCGCGAUAGCAUAUGUGAGCAGGCCCGUGACGAAUGUUACGUAAGCGUAAUAGGUGGUAGCAGGCGGCAUGUCGUGGAUGAAGCGAGCCCCGGGCGCGCCUCCGCCCGCCGACCAGCCGCGCUACGCUGCGAACCAGCCGCCGCAGCCGCCGCAGGCUCAGGCAUUUGGGAAUCAGCAAAAUAUGUAUCCAAAUUAUCCUCAAAGCAAUACUCAACAACAGCAGUACUGGCCAACACAAGGUCAGCAGCAGCCCCAGUACAACCAGCAAUAUGAGCAGUCAUACCAACAACGGGCAGACUAUGGUGCUAAUGCCAACCAAUUUUAUCAACAACAACCUACUCAAUACACUCAGAAUUAUUCCGGCCAAACAUUUGGCACUAACCUACCACCAGGUUUUCAACAAGGGUACUAUCCAAAUCAAAAUCAAGGGAUUCAACAACAAAAUUAUCCCCAGAACAAGGGGGCUCAAGGCACCGAUGGUUGGGAUGACAACUGGGAUUGGGGUUGGGAAGAUUCAUCUAAGGGUCAAAGAGGUGUAAUGCCGAAUGCAGGUCAAAUGCCUCCACAACAGCCACCACAACAACAACAGCAGCAAGCACAGCAGGUUUACAACAAUGCUAAUGUCAUUGAAGAAAGUUUUGGUACAACUGACAGCUGGAACUGGGCAAUGGAGGAUAAGAAGGAGACUACAGAAUCAUCAGCACCUCCUCCUAAUCAAAGUAAACAAGCAGCCUUGCCUGUUGACAAUCCUUCCUUUGAAAAUAAUGUAGUCACUGAUGCAAAUAGCCGAAACUUUGGUGGCAUACCUCCUCACACUACUGAGGAAGUGAGAACAUUGAAUGAUAAGGAUGUAGUCAAGGAACGUUUGCCUAAUUUGGCACUUGGAAAGCGGUUCCAUUUAGACAAUCUCACACCUCAGUGGUCAAUAGAAUCACAGAUGUCUCAAGAGUCUAGUGAUGGACCACAUACACAUUCUGAAGGAACAUAUAGAAGUGAAAAUCAAUCUAGGAAUUCUAAUAAAAGUAGCCCAGGUCUAAAUACAGAUAAUUCUAACUUUAAUUAUUCACAGCCGAGUCUUGAUGAGGUUUAUGCCCAAAACCCGGACUGGUCAAAGAAUUCAGUAGAAGAGUCAACAUUAGUAGAGAAUACACUCAGUAACAGUAGACAUGAGAGCAAUGAUGAUCUCUCCACUUCUCUGCAAGAAAUGAGUAUAACUAAUAGUGAAAAUCCUGCACCAGCCGCUCAAAUUAAAGAAAUAAAUGUUGAUAAUAUUCCAGAAAAUACAUUGCAGCCACCUCCAUCUGCUUCUCCUGCAACAUCGCAACAUAGUGCAGAUAUUAAACAACCAUCUCCAGUACCACGACCAUCAUCAGCUUCAUCUUCAUCAAAUGUGCCUCCAGUGACCUCAUCACUGCCUCCUCCUCCACUUUCUUCUAUAUCUAUGCCACCAACUAAUUUUCCUCAUACAGUAGCAUCUCAGAAUCCAUUCAAAAAUGCAGGACCUAUAUCUCACAAAAAUGUGUCAAAAAUGGCCCCUGGAAACUUAUCAACAGGUCAGUCAUUUUCUACUCCAAUGACUAAUACUAAUCUAACAUCGCCAACUGUUGUGAAUAAAGUGGCACAACAUAAUAGAGUGCCAGUUGGUUUUAGUGCAAAUCUAGAAACCACACCUGAUAAUUCUGAACGACCUGAUCAACCACAAGUAUUAGCUUUAAGGCCAAUGCCUAUUGCUCAAGAAAUUCCUGAAAACUUGGAAGUGGCUCCACAAAAUGAUAGAAAUGAAUAUCUUCAAACUGCACAUUUAUCAAGUGGUGAAUAUGGAGAAAACACAGAUUUCAGCCACAUUAUGCCUCCACCUGGAUUCCCGAGAAUGGUAUUAGGACAACAGGAAUCUGAAUAUAAUCAAAACACCAAUGUGUCUACUGAUGGACCACCACCUGGUUUUGAAAGAAUGGUCCCUGGUCAACAAAUUGAGGUAUUCCCUAAUGGCAUAAGGCCUUAUAGAGAAGCUAUUGGUCAACCUUUAGACCGAAUGGUCCCUGGUGAAUCAAGAGACUUUGAAUAUUGUCAGUAUGUAAGUCCUAAUUAUUCUAGCGCCAAUGAACCAAGGGUAGUGACAGGUGUUGAUCAUGAUUAUCCAAUCUUAACGGAUGCAGGACCCUCAGAUGUUAGAGAGCAAAAUGUUGAUGGUUCGGACUACACUGAUCAAACUAUAAGAAACCCUCCAAGGAAUAUCAUAGGGGCUCGAGAGACAGACAUGUCGGCAGAUUUUAAUGCAGUGUUAGAGGAACAACAAAGAGACAUUGUUAUGGAAGGCGAAAAUUUACAAGACCUGAGUGUAAUAUCAUCGACAGAUCUGACAUAUUCAAGGGAACAAACUUUAGAUGGUGCAGAUGAGAAUGUUACAGAUAAUGGUAAUGAUAGGAAAACUGAUGCUUCAGAUUCCAUUGAAAACCCAGCAAGUAGCUCAAGAAGACAAUCACUAAAUCAUGUGAAUACUUCUGGUGAUGAUUCAGAGAGAGACCGAAUGUUCAAAUCGUCUCCGAGGCGAGAUAGACAUAAGUUAUCCAGAGAUAAGGAAGGGAGAUAUUCCAGAGGUGAUAGAAAAUAUGAUAGAGAUGGAGACAGGAGGUCAACGCGUGAUGAUAGAUGGACAGAGAAAGAUAAGAGAGAAAGGGACAAGCAGCACGACAAGAGUCCAGAUACUCGCCGUCAUCGACGCGGCACCAGGAGUCACAGAUAUGAGACAGAAGAUACCGAUUACUACAGUGACAGAGAAAAAGAACGAAGACGUUACAGAGAGGGUUCGUACACGUCGUCGAAGCCCCCGCGGCCGGACGACAAGGAGCGGCGCCACGACGAGCGCGAGCGCGGCCGGCGCUACAACACCAUCGAGCGCGAGCGGCGCUACGACCACGACCGCGACCGCGACGCGACCGUCCGCCGCCGCGACCACCACCGCGACCACCGCGACCACCGCGACCACCGCGACCACCGCGACCACGACCGCGACCGCAGAUACAGAGACAUCGACCCCACCAGGAAGUACGGCAACCUCAAGAGAGAGCGGGACGAGGACGAGCGCAGAAGAGGUGAAUACGAGUCACCGUCCCGUGCGGAUUCUCGUGAGCAGCGAGCCGACGACGACCUCGACCGCGACCGUCGCUACCGUCGCUCGCGGCACGCACGCAACUACUACGACGGUAAGUGUCACCGUCUCGUGACCAGCGCCGACGACGACCUCGACCGCGACCGUCGCUCGCGUCACGCACGCAACUACUACGACGGUAAGUGUCACCGUCUCGUGACCAGCGCCGACGACGACCUCGACCGCGACCGUCGCUACCGUCGCUCGCGGCACGCACGCAACUACUACGACGGUAAGUGUCACCGUCUCGUGACCAGCGCCGACGACGACCUCGACCGCGACCGUCGCUACCGUCGCUCGCGGCACGCACGCAACUACUACGACGGGUAUGGUGCCAGCGCGUACGAGGACCCGUACCUGGUGCAGCGGCAGCAGUACCAGUACUACGACCACCUGCGGCACACCGACCCGGCCGCCUACAUGCAGAUCUACAAGCAGCUCAUGGCUGGACAGCCGCCGCCUCAGCCCCCAGCGGACUACCAGCACAAAGGAUUUAUAUCGCUGCGGGACUGCCGCCCGGAGGAUCGCGGCAGCGUACACUCGGGCCGCUCCAGCGCCAACGACCUCAAGACGGACACGUACGGGGGCAGCUCGCAGCGCGGCACGGCUUCCAUCCGCACUGACUUCUCCGACAGGGACUUGAACACGGAUGCCUCGCUCAAUUUACACCUGGAGGAGUCGACCGUGCGCUCCGAACGUAUGACGCCUUUCAAAUUCUCUACUGCACAUGUUAAGGGGAGCGUGAGUUCUGGCGACGUGGUGGUGGUCCGGCCCGCGUACCCGGUGGACGGGCGGCCGGCCACGGUGCGCGUGGUGGCGCUGGCCGCCGCCGCCGCCCGCCACCCGCACCGCGCACAGCUCGCAGCCUACCCCGGCCCGCUGCUCAAAGGCGUGACGCACAAGGCGAGCGUGGUGGAGUACUGCGAGGGGCGAGUGCGAGGCGCGCGGCCCGCCCCCGACCGCGUCGGCUACGUGCUGCUGUGGCACCUGCUCGCGCUGCUGCUGCGGCACAACGGGGUGGUUGUCGGUACCGACAUUGCUGAGCUGCUGAUGAAGAACAAACGAGAAUACGAGUAUAACACCACGGCCGAUAGACCUGCGCAUGACGGGAGACGUCGCGAGUCGUCGUUGUCGGGGUCCGCUCGCGAAGACGAGCGGGAGAUCGAGCGGAACGAGCGACCCGAGCGAUACGACCACGAAACUGAAAAUUCGUCAUACUCGGACAACACACCAGCCCAGGAGAGUUCUCCAGCAGUGUCGGAGGAGGCGGCCCUGGACCGGCUGCGAGAGUUGCUCAUCUACGGCAACCGACAGGAGGCUCUCGAGUGGGCGAUGAGCAACUCGCUGUGGGGCCACGCGCUGCAGCUGGCGGCGCACUGCGAGCGACGCACGCGCGCCGCAGUCUCCGCGCGCUUCGUGGCCGCACUCGCACGGGCCGACCCCCUCCACACGCUGUACGCCGCGCUCGGGGGCCGCCUGCCGCCCGCCGCCACGUGCGUGUCGGAUGAGCGGUGCUUUGGCGACCGGGCGAUCGUAGCUAGCAACCUCUCCUCUGGACUAUAUAUUGAGCGUAUGACGGCGGUGUGUGCAGGAGACAGCUUGGCGGCGCGCGGGCUGCUGUACUCAGCUCAGUUCUGCUACCUGGCGGGCGGGCUGCAGCCGCAGCAGCAUCCACUGGCUCCGCUGGCUGCAGCCGCCCCGCCUCCCGCACCCCCGCGCCUCUCCCUGCUGCUGGCCGACCCCCGUGCCCCCACGUUGCAGCUCUUCGCCACCAACGAGGCCAUCUUCGCCACAGAGAUCUACGAGUACGCCAUGUCGCUCAACAGGGACUACGUCAUCGAGGAGUUUCAGGUGUACAAGCUGUUGUUGGCGAGCCGACUGGUGGACGUGGGCGCGUACGAGCGCGCGCUCGCCUACACCGAGCAUGCCGCGCGGGCCGUCGCCGCCGCCCCCCGGGACUACGCCCCCCGACUAGCGCGCGCCCUGGCGCUGCUCGCAGACAGGUACGUGGACACCGAGCACGCCCCCCGGGACUACGCCCCCCGACUAGCGCGCGCCCUGGCGCUGCUCGCAGACAGGUACGUGGACACCGAGCACGCCCCCCGGGACUACGCCCCCCGACUAGCGCGCGCCCUGGCGCUGCUCGCAGACAGGUACGUGGACACCGAGCACGCCCCCCGGGACUACGCAACCCGACUAGCGAGCUCACUGGAGCUGAACGCAGACAGAAACGUGGACACCGAGCACGCCCCCCGGGACUACGCCCCCCGACUAGCGCGCGCCCUGGCGCUGCUCGCAGGCGUGGACACCGAGCACGCCCCCGGGACUACGCCCCCCGACGCGCGCGCCCUGGCGCUGCUCGCAGACAGGUACGUGGACACCGAGCACGCCCCCCGGGACUACGCCCCCCGACUAGCGCGCGCCCUGGCGCUGCUCGCAGACAGGUACGUGGACACCGAGCACGCCCCCCGGGACUACGCCCCCCGACUAGCGCGCGCCCUGGCGCUGCUCGCAGACAGCACGCCCCCGGGACUACGCCCCCGACUAGCGCGCGCCCUGGCGCUGCUCGCAGACAGGUACGUGGACACCGAGCACGCCCCCCGGGACUACGCCCCCCGACUAGCGCGCGCCCUGGCGCUGCUCGCAGACAGGUACGUGGACACCGAGCACGCCCCCUGGGACUACGCCCCCCGACUAGCGCGCGCCCUGGCGCUGCUCGCAGACAGGUACGUGGACACCGAGCACGCCCCCGGGACUACGCCCCCGACUAGCGCGCGCCCUGGCGCUGCUCGCAACAGACAUAACGUGGACACCGAGCACGCCCCCCGGGACUACGCCCCCCGACUAGCGGCUUUAUUUUUGCUCGCAGAAAAAACCGUUAGCACGCCCCCCGGGACUACGCCCCCCGACAGUAGCGGCGCCCUGGCGCUGCUCGCAGACAGGUACGUGGACACCGAGCACGCCCCCGGGACUACGCCCCCCGACUGUCGCGAGCGCUGCUCGCAGACAGGUACGUGGACACCGAGCACGCCCCCGGGACUACGCCCCCGACUAGCGCGCGCCCUGGCGCUGCUCGCAGACAGGUACGUGGACACCGAGCACGCCCCCCGGGACUACGCCCCCCGACUAGCGCGCGCCCUGGCGCUGCUCGCAGACAGGUACGUGGACACCGAGCACGCCCCCCGGGACGACGCCACCCCUCUAGCGCGCGCCCUGGCGCUGCUCGCAGACAGGUCGUGGACACCGAGCACGCCCCCCGUGGACCCCGACUACCGACUAGCGCGCGCCCUGGCGCUGCUCGCACGCCACCGCCCCCGGGACUACGCCCCGACUAGCGCGCUCCCUGGCGCUGCUCGCAGACAGCGCGCGCCCUGGCGCUGCUCGCAGACAGGUACGUGGACACCGAGCACGCCCCCCGGACUACGCCCCCGACUAGCGCGCGCCCUGGCGCUGCUCGCAGACAGGUACGUGGACACCGAGCACGCCCCCCGGGACUACGCCCCCCGACUAGCGCGCGCCCUGGCGCUGCUCGCAGACAGGUACGUGGACACCGAGCACGCCCCCCGGGACUACGCCCCCCGACUAGCGCGCUCCCUGGCGCUGCUCGCAGACAGGUACGUGGACACCGAGCACGCCCCCCGGGACUACGCCCCCCGACUAGCGCGCUCCCUGGCGCUGCUCGCAGACAGCACGCCCCCGGGACUACGCCCCCGACUAGCGCGCUUGGCGCUGCUCGCAGACAGGUACGUGGACACCGAGCACGCCCCCCGGGACUACGCCCCCCGACUAGCGCGCGCCCUGGCGCUGCUCGCAGACAGGCUGAAGUACCACGACCCGGCGCUGCAGGAGGAGGCCGCCGACGACGAGCCGCCCAGCGCCGAGCCCUCCCCGCGCCACCAGCAGUGGCUGCACCACAUACAGCUGCUCGCCGACCACCACCACCGCGCCGCACAGCAGACGGAGGAACCGUCGCUACAAACAACGCCGGUGCACCAGCCUCAACCGCAGGAACCGCAGCAGCUGGACCAGCAACAACAGCAGGCGGAGUACUACGCGCAGUACGGCUGGUCUCAGCCGGAUCAGACAUCACAGCUGCAGUACCAGCAACCGGCUCCGCCGUACCAAGAGCCAACGGAGCAAGUGGAGUACUCGCAGUACUACCAGCCGCCCGCGCCCGCGCCCGCGCCCGAGCCGCAGCCGGCGCCCGCCGCCCCGCCCGCCGCCGACGACUGGCAGCCGCGGCCCGCCGCCGACGCUCAGCACUACGACCCCGGAUACUGGCAGACCGACUCGCCCUAUGGCUACGCCGAGGGGGCGGAGGGUGGUGCGGGUGCGGAGGGCGGGGCGGGCGCGCGGCCCAUGAUCACGAUGCCGGGCUCCAGCGGCGGCAAGCCCGCACUCUACGCGCACUACGACGACGACCGACCGCCCAGCGCUGAUCAACUGGAGCGCGAGACGGACACGCCGCUGUCCACCAAGAAGCCAGAUAAAGCGAAGGAGGACACCAAGUCGGAGGGCAAGGGCAAGGGCGGGGGCUGGCUGGGCGGCAUCCUCACCAAACUGUCGCUGCGGCCGCCCAACCAGAUGAUCCUACCCGACGACAGCAACCCCACGAUCGUGUGGGACGACGAGCACAAGUGCUGGCGGGACACCGCCGAGGGGGGCGAGCCCCGGACGCACGCGCCGCCCCCGCCGCCCCCCUCACACGCGCCGCACGCCCUCACCAACGCGCAUUAUGUAAAUAGGACUCCUCCGCUGGCGGCCCCGGCGGCAGGCGGAGCGCCGCCCAACGCGCCCGUCGCUAACAUAUUCAAAAUGCAGAAAGGAAGACACAUAAAGAAGUCGUACGUGGACGUGUUCAACCCGGGCGGCGCGGCGCGGCCCCUGCCCCCCGCCGCCGAAGUGCUGGGCCCCGCGGGCCCCGCGGGCCCCGUGGGCCCCGCCGCGCACACGCACAACUACUUGGUGCCCACCGCACAGAGCGGAAUCUACGACCCGACGCAAGCAGCUGACGGCAACUACCAGAGCGGGAUAUAACGGCCCGGCUCCACACACGCGGCUA